UUGUAUUAAUGUAUUCAUCACCCGUGGUAUUCAUUCUGCCGAUUCUGCCUAUAGACGUGACCGACGUGACCAUUAAACUUAACCUAAAAUAUUUAUCAAAAUGUUUUAAUUCUAUUAUUAUUCAUGAAAUUGUUUAUAAGAAUAUCUUGAAAGGUGUUUAAAUAUGAAAGUUCACAAAUAUAGUUUCAGUUACAGAAUACUUAACUUAAAUUUAUAAGAAUUUAAAGUCUUAAUAAAAGUUUAAAAUAAUUCAGAAAUUUUUGAAAAAUGGAUUUAAUUGUCUAUCAUCAGAGGAUGAAACUCUAUAGUUUAUUUAUUAGGACGGUUUCAAAUUACUUGCCAAGUACAUGUUUUCAAUCAACUAAUUCAGUAACACAAUUUAAUAGAAGACUACAAAGUGGUCCUUUUAGAGAAUAUUCUACAAAUUUUGAGAAGUCAAUCUGCCAAAGAAUUUUACCAACUUAUAUUUGUACAAAUCGAAAAUUUGUUGACAAUGAGUAUCAUAAAUUUCAAUCUAGAGUUUGUAAAUACACCACUGAUAGUUCUAGAAAAGAAAAUGAUUCUUGUCAAGUUGAACAAACUCGUUUUCAAAAGAUGAAACAAAUGGCGAAAGAUUAUUGGUAUAUUUUAAUUCCCGUGCACGUGGCUACGUCGAUUAUAUGGUUUUCAGUAUUUUAUAUAGCUGCAAAAAAUGGCGUUAAUGUUGAAGAAGUUCUGAGAUAUUUACAUUUAAGUGAAACAUACCUGGAAAAAAUUCGAAAUUCUAGUGCCGGUCACUUGGCAGUGGCAUAUGCUUUGUAUAAAGUGUGUACACCUUUCAGAUAUACUGUCACUCUUGGAGGAACAACAAUGACCAUCAGAUAUCUUAAUAAAUGGGGAAUAAUGAAAUUUAAAACUCCGGAGAAAAUGAAAGAUAUGCUGUCGAGUAAAACAGUUGUGCAAACUAAAGUUGAGCUUGGUAAAAUAAAAGAGAAAACGAAAACUGUGACUGGUUCUUCCAAAACGUAGCAUUAAAUUGCUUAUUUCGAUUUUUAUAAUAAUUAAAAGUAUGUGAGUUAUAUAUAAGUUAAUAAUUUACGCUAAUGUUUAUUGUAACAUUAUCAGCAGCGGACUUGUUGACUUUAUUAUUAAAUAGAACUAUAAAUUGUAACUAAAAUCACAAAAAAUACAAUAUUUUUAUUUAUUUUACUUUGUGUGAGCCCGGGAAAUAUUUUCUACAUUUUGGAGCACCCUCACCAAUUUAAUGAAACUUGGUAAUAUUGCAUUGAUGAUGCAUUGGUGCUUCGAAGUGAGGGAAAUACCUCCUGGGCUCACACGUUUAUGAAAUGUAAAGAGUCUGUUAUUUCAUUAAUCUUGCUUCUGCAAUCAAGAGAAUCUUGGGGAGAUGAUAAUUCUUUGUACAUAAACUCAAUGUUAAUAUUUAAAAGAAAUCUUUGAAAUAUGUGCAACUAUAGCACAUCGAACAUCUAUGUAUUUUCGAAGUAAAAUAUUAAUUUCUAUAUCGUGCAAGUGCGAAUGUAUUUAUGAGUACAGUGCAGUCACUAAUUCUUUAUAACAAAUAAAAGAAUUUAAUUCUUGUUAGACCUCAAAA